GCAGAUCAUGGAACCUCCCUGGAAAGCCUACAAUGUCCUGAGAAAGAUGGAUUAUCCAUAUGAGCAUAUUGUUCACAGCAUGAAAGAUCCCAGUAUUGCAGCAUUUUGGCUGAUUACCUUACCUCAGGUUAUGGGCGGAUUCAACUAUGAUGACGAGGUCAAGCAAAAGAUUUGGUGGCAAUAUGAGGAAUCAAUGCGGUAUGAUCAACUUCGAGAUACAGUAGCCAAGCGAAAUCCAGGCUGGGAGUAUUUGCAAGAAGCCUUGAUCUCCAUAGAUCCUGUUCGUGCUAGGGAAGAUCCUGUUAUAGUGAAGAAUAUCCCUUACUACAAGGCCAAGAAGGCCUUAGAGGCGGAAGUUAUGAAACUGAAUCCUCCACCCCGACCACAAAAUUGGGGUGAGCUGAACCUUCCCUUGAAUGCAUCUUCUUGGAGGGAGGAGGAUCUCAAAGAUCCAGCAAAAUUAUAUGAGAUGACGAUUCUUCUUAACGCUCAAAGAGAAAUUGCCGAUAAAAUUUUGGAUGCACAGUGGGAAACAAAAUGGCGUCAAGAAAAGUUGAAUGAGAUGUUGGAAGAGAAGGUACGGCCAUACCUCAAGAACACUGGCAAUGCUGUCCUUCCUCAGCCUAUUAUAAUAGAAUCCCAAAAUCAGAAUAAGAAGAGCCGUCGACAAAGAAGAUGGUGGUUCUUCUAAACAGAGUUGGUUUCAAUCAAUAAUGAAUUUGAUCCGCACAUAAGUGGUACACGCUCUAACUUCUUCUCAUCUCUUCAUUUUGUAUCAUGCCAUGUUUUAGUCAAAGCAGCAUUUCUAUUAUUAGUCUCUGCACGACUCUGUAUUAUUGUUUAUUCUAUUUCUAUUCCUUAACGAGAUGUAUCACUAGAGAAGAUACAGAUUACUGUGAUUUAGUACUAUAGAAUUCCUUAGUUGCUACAAAUUUUCCCUUAGGUUUCCCUGAUCAGACUGGAUGAUAUCACAAUUAUAUGAUGAAGAGUUUGAUUUCAUAGA